AUGAAACGAAAUUUCGAAAAAAGCAGCGCUCUUCAAAAUUGCACUGAUCGACCAAAACGAAACAAACCAAUGGAGAACCAGUGCUCUUCAUCAUCAUCGUCGUCCUUUGAUGACAACCUUUCCAAGCUUCCGAGUGAUGUUGUGCUUCAUAGUAUAUUACCACACUACAUUCUCAAUCUUGAUAGAUAUGCUUUUCUGUACAACAAACACAAGUAUGAUUUGUGUUUAUUAUUUAUGGGACGUUUUCAUAAUUCCUCUAAAAUUCAUUUGAUAUUUAAAAACGUUUCAAUCACAACAUUUAAAGCUAUAGGAAGAAAUGGUGAAGUUUUCAACUUUUUUGAAAAAGGAAUACUUGAUAGUGUGCUGCCAAGCAACAUUGAGUCUAUUUCUUUUCUUAGCAACUUUUUCACACAAGGAACAAGUAUCUCUGCUCUACCUUCAAUCAUUAUGGAGAAACCCUUGUUUUUGAGACAUUUAAAUUUAACAUAUCAAACCAGCUUUAAGGAUGUUCAACAAAUUUGCUCAUUGAAGCGUCUUGAACACUUACGACUCGCAAAUUCAAUGAUGAGCUUGCAAGACGUUACUCAAAUUUUGAAAUCCAACACCAAAUUACGUUGCUUGGAAUAUUGCUUUCCUCACAGCUCUUCUUCCUCAACGAAUGAAAUGCUCAUCGACUCACAAGAGAUAUUAUCAGCGUUUCAAGAAGGAAGUGGUACUCUUGAGAGACUUUUUUUGAAUGGAGUUUCUUGUCUUUCGAAUUCAAUGGUUGCCAAGUUGAUCGAAAUUUUACCUAAUUUAAAGGAAUUGAGUGUACAAGAUGCACAACUUCUCAGCAAUGAAGCAUUCUGUAAUAUUGAAAAGAAUGGAAAGAAUUUAACUUUUAUUAACAUUUCUGGAUGUGAAAACAUUACAUGUCCUUUUAAAACGUUGUUAAAAGCUCCAAAAUUGAGAACCAUUGUGCUUGAAGGAUGUGAUUUGAGCACCAAAGAUUUAAGUAUUACUACCAAAGAACAUUGUACAACAGAAAACAUUACUGAUUUGGAUUUGGCUAGUUGUGUGGUGAAUGACAUGUCAAUCCUCUCAAAUUUCUCAUCUCUCACUUGUUUAAACUUGUCCAGUGUUCAACUCGUAGCAGGAAGUGGUGCUGAAACAUUUUUGAAAAACAUUGCAACUCUCUCACACCUAAAGGAAUUGAAUCUAACUGGAUGUCAAUUUAUGAAUGAUACUUUACUCAGCCACAUUGCGAACAAGGAGUUGAAAAUGUUACGAGUUGGUGGUUGUGGUGGCAUUACUGAUCAAAGUAUUCCACACUUGAUGAAAUUGGAACAACUCACAGAAAUAGAAAUUGGAAAGACAAAAAUUUCAAGUGGAGGAGUUCAAUCAUUGUUAGAUCAUUUCAAAAACAUUGUCUAUUUUGGAGUUAAUCAGUUGAAUUUAACAGAUUCAGAUAUUCUCAAUAUUCAAGGAUGGUCUCAAAUCGAAAGGUUAAAUUUAUCAAAGAAUAGAAUAUCAGACCUGGGAUUCAAAUCAUUGGUCAAAUAUUCAAACCUUAUUUUCCUCAAUCUUGCUGAUAAUUUGAUUACAGACAAUGGAAUUGAUCAAGAUUUAUUUUCAAACAAAACACUCACAGGUCUCAUUCUUGUGGCCAAUCGAAAAAUCACCAACAAGAAGCGCUCACAAAUCGUCAUGAAAUGCACUCACAUUGUUGAUUUGCAUCUCUAA